AUGGUGGCAAGUGCAACGAGGUCGAAAAGGAUACAACGAUUACUUCCGGAACUGGCGAGGAUCUUCGAAGGCUUUCCAACUUGCAAUAAAUCGCACAACGCUCCAACAUUUUUGUAUCUGUAUCCUGAAACCUCGAAAUUACAUAAUCGUGAAGAAAUCAAACGUCUGAACGGAUUAUCUGUUUUCGUUGGAGACGUAGAGCAACGUGUUCAAAAUAAAGAUUGUACGCAGAAAAGCGAUAAAUUUAAAAAAUUAGGACCUUCUCAAUGUAAUAGUGAUUAUAAAAAUUUGGCGAAAUCAAUUUGGAGCUCGAACAAGAAGAAACCUGUACGUAAAGGACCGAUCUUUUCUAACAAGGGAGAGAAGAUCGUGUUCGAUUUCCGUCAUUUCGUGAAACCAGAAGAAAUCAUCAAGGAAUACAUUCAAGUCAAUAUUUACAACAAACCACGAUUGGUGAAAAUCGACAGGAAAGAAACAUCAAAAUCUUCGUCAAGUGAUAAUCAAACUGCUGCUGAGGUGGAUUCUUGCAAAUCAAAAGAGCAUUCGAAGGGUGGAAAAUCUUCAAAGGUUGAAAGAAAAAUAUCCGGAUGGAGAUUAAACAAAUCCACAGAAGGUACAAAGAAGGUGGAAAAGGUGCCGAAAAGAAUUUCAGCUACCCACAAUUUCGUAUACGAGUUUAAUCCGCUUGCCAAUUCCACAUCGACAUCAAAUAAUGCGAUCAAAAGAAGAGGAUCGCAAUACGUAUCUAAUAUCGGUGGAGGAGAUUCUCCCAUAAGAUCCACGAGCAAUAAACAAAAUUUUAAUCUUCAAGAAUCUCUUACAGCUGCAUUGCCAAAAUUGAAUCCUCAAAGUGACGCUAUAAUAGACAAUCUAGGAAAGCAAAAAAGUAUGGCAAAUUACAAUAAGAACACCAAUUUACCUCGUAUAAAGAGACUGGAUGUAGAUCAACAAUUAGUCAAAGAUCGAGGAAAGCCUAGUCCCGUCAGUGAAAUUGAUCGCGAAGUAGAAAAAGUGAAGUCAGAUUGGCAAACGAUGCGAACCAACAGCGAGUGGAUGCAAAGCAAACAUUUGGCAAAUUCUCGGACCAGAAAGCUAUACGACACCUUAGAGAAGAUGACACGUGAAAUAGAUAAGAUACAAACGUCCUAUUUAGACCCAGCAUCGAAUCAGUAUUUGCAGCGAGGAGCGAUGAAGACGUUACACACCCCUUGUGUGUCGUUUGAAGAAAAAGCUGUAGAAAUAAAAGACGUACUGUUCCCCAAAGAAAAUAAAAAAAUCAACGAAACAAACACUGUUCCGAGUACAGCUUCACAGAAAGAAAUGUACGAAAUGAAACAAACGAAGAAAUGUAUGAACAAAGAAUUUGAAAACAGGUCUCUUCUUCCUGGCAUGCAAACGCAAAAUUACAAGAGCGGCAGUAAAUUAAGUUCAUCGAAUUUUAACAAAUUUAAUAUUCAUACGAAUGGUAAAAAGAAUUUGAAGAAGAUGGGUUCGGAUAUUCGGCAAUAUUUGGAGAAUUAUAUCAGCGAUGCGGAGAAAAAUUUUAUGAACAAAGAAGAAUCGAAUAUCAAAGAGUUUAAUACAUCUCCGGGUGAAGUAGAGGAGAUGCUGAAGAAAUUAAACAUUCAGUCUUUUGAUAUGUACGACAUUGACGAUUGUAAUGAAGAGAAAGAAGAUUCUCCUUUGCAGAGUAUAGAAAGAAAGAAAAACAUUGGAACAUCUGCGAGAACAACUGAGAAAACAGCUGCGAGAAAUUCAUCACCGAAGGAAGGUGAUUAUCUAACGAGACAUAAUAAUGCGUUCAAUACUGAUACUUCAAUUCAAACGAAUACCAAAUUUAAUCGUAAGAACAAUUCUUUCAUUGAAAUGGGCUUGAGCACUUUAAAUACUAAUUUACCCCAUGAUGUAUUGUCGCGUAUACUUCAGUCGGAAUAUUUAAAAAAAGAUAUAUCGCUGAAGCCUAUGUAGAAUUUUGAAUAAUAAAAAUAUCUG